AUGGCUAUGUUUCCAGACCCUCGACGGAUUGUCACCGGUCACGAUGAACAGGGUAAUUCGAUCAUUCUAAAAGAUAGUCAAAUCCCCUGCGUGCCAACGGGGGUCAAGGCGAAUUUCGCCGUGCUAUGGGAGACGAGCCAAUUUCCCGCCAGCAACAAUGGCAGCGCGGAUCCAAUCGACCACAAAACACAGAGUCUGGCCAAUGAUAAAGGUGUUGUGCUGAGGGUGGUCGACAUUCCAGCGAACACUGUGACGAUGUUCCACCGAACAGUGUCGUUGGAUUUUGGCAUUCUUUUCGAGGGCGAGCUUGACUGUCACCUUGACAACGGAGCUGUCAUUCAUAUGAAACCCGGCGACGUUUGUGUCCAACGAGGUACCAUUCAUGGUUGGACAAAUCCAAGUUCCAAACCGGCAAGGAUAUACUUCAUCCUUAUUGCUGCCGAACCUGUAAAGAUCGGUGACAAAAUCUUAGGCGAUGCCGGAUUCCAUCACGAAGACGUGGCGUCAGGUGGGAAGUGA